UCUUUGUAGCGUUAAGAGUUCAGUAGUGCACUCUCAAUCUCCGAUUUCCUAUCAUAUUCGGCACUGAAAAGGAAAAGUGUAAGUAUUUAGACAAACAGUAGAAAAUGGCGGAAGAGCAGAUAGUUCAAAUUCCAAAGGUGAAUCUAGGAACUCAAGGAUUUGAGGUCUCAAAGUUGGGGUAUGGGUGCAUGGGACUAACUGGAAUGUACAAUGCUCCUGUCUCUGAGGAUGUUGGAAUCUCAAUCAUCAAAGAAGCUUUUAGUAAUGGAAUCACAUUCUUUGACACAUCCGAUGUUUAUGGACCCCUUACUAAUGAAGUCCUAGUUGGAAAGGCAUUAAAGCAAUUGCCUCGAGAAAAGAUCCAGCUAGCAACAAAAUUUGGUAUUGUAAGAAUGGAGCCAACUGGACUGGUAGUUAAUGGUACUCGUGAAUAUGUCCGUGCCUGUUGUGAGGGGAGCCUCAAGCGUCUGGGUGUGGAGUACAUUGAUCUCUUUUAUCAACAUCGUGUGGACAGAUCAACACCUAUUGAGGAAACUAUGGGGGAACUUAAGAAAUUGGUGGAAGAGGGAAAAAUAAAAUACAUUGGGUUAUCUGAAGCCAGUCCAGACACAAUUAGGAGGGCACAUGCAGUUCAUCCUAUCACUGCUGUACAAAUGGAAUGGUCCCUGUGGACACGCGACAUUGAGGAAGAGAUAAUUCCACUUUGCAGGGAACUUGGUAUUGGGGUUGUGCCUUACAGUCCUCUUGGUCGUGGCUUUUUUGGUGGCAAGGCAGUUGUUGAAAGUCUACCUGCAAGCAGUUCCUUGGUUUCACAUCCUCGGUUCAUAGGAGAAAACUUUGAUAAGAAUAAAAUCCUUUACUCACGGAUGGAGAACUUGGCUUCAAAACAUGGAUGCACCCCUGCUCAACUAGCACUAGCAUGGAUUCUCCAUCAAGGCGAUGAUGUGGUCCCUAUCCCAGGGACAACCAAAAUUAAAAACCUUAAUGACAAUAUUGGCGCAAUGAAGGUCAAGCUGACAGAAGAAGAUUUGAAAGAGAUUUCUGAUGCAGUACCUAUCAAUGUGGUAGCGGGUUCUAGAACCUAUGAUAGUAUGCUGCAAUCCACGUGGAAGUUUGCAAGUACUCCUCCAAUGGUUUCCGAGGUCUCAACUAAAUAGUCUUCAUGGUUUUUGGUCCAUGUUACUUGAACCAUACAAGAUUAAGUGAGUUUUUAACCUGAUUUAUGUUAAUAAAUUCAUUUAAGAUGGUAGAAAAAAAACUCAUUUUGGAGAAUUUUAGUUGUAUUUGUCUGAGCUACUGAAUCAUCUGUCAUUAUUUCCAGAAUGAUACUGGGACAAAUAUAAUUUUGACCUGAAAAACAGAGUGCUGAUUUUAUUUUU